CCGGUCUCAGUCUGGUUCGCGGUCUUGAGAGCCUCUCGGCGCUAUUGGCUGCUGCUGCUGUGAGGUUUUAAUCGCACAACUUCUCCACAGCAUGGAGACAUAUUUAACCGAAGAGUGAAUUUCACCGGGACACAACAUGAUCGAAGGACGUGAGCCAAAGCUUCGCUGCUCCAAACUCCAACACUUCUCCCGUAAAGUGAAUUUUAUUUUUUUCCGACUCUGAAGACAGGAUGACUUUAUUUUUGCUUUCCAUUCUGUUCACUGUUGAAGUCAGCCAGUCGGUGGUCAGAGGACACGGGGCGUUUUAUACAAACCACUGGGCGGUGCGGAUCUCAGGUGGCCCGGAGCACGCUGACCAAGUCGCUGCAAAAUAUGGAUAUUUAAACCUGGGACAGAUAGGAAGUCUGGAGGAUCAUUACCAUUUCCACCACAGCAGAGUGGUUCGCAGAGCUGUGUACUCUCUGAAGGGCCCCCACAGCUUCAUCCAUAUGGACCCCAAGGUGGACUGGGCCCAGCAGCAGAUAGUAAAACCAAGAGUUAAGAGGUAUGCCCAAAGUGACGCAAACUUCAUUCAUUUCAAUGACCCUAAAUGGUCCAACAUGUGGUACAUUCACUGCAAUGAUAAGACCAGCCGAUGUCGCUCCGAGAUGAACAUUCUUUCAGCCUGGCAGAGGGGCUACACAGGCAAAAAUGUGGUGGUCACCAUACUGGAUGAUGGCAUUGAGAGAAACCACCCUGAUCUGGCUCAGAACUACGACCAUCUAGCAAGUUAUGAUGUCAAUGGGAAUGACCAUGACCCUACACCACGUUAUGACUCUCGCAAUGAAAACAUACAUGGAACUCGGUGUGCAGGUGAAGUUGCAGCAGUGGCCAAUAACUCCCACUGCAUUGUUGGGAUUGCUUACAAUGCUCAUAUUGGAGGGAUACGGAUGCUGGAUGGUGAUGUGACUGACAUAGUAGAGGCCAAGUCCCUGGGAAUCAGACCUGACUACAUCGAUAUCUACAGUGCCAGCUGGGGGCCAAAAGAUGAUGGCAAGACAGUGGAUGGUCCAGGGCCACUAACUAAGCAGACUUUUGAGCGAGGCAUCAAGAAGGGUCGCAAAGGCUUGGGGUCUAUUUUUGUCUGGGCGUCAGGUAAUGGUGGUCGGCAGGGUGAUCACUGUUCAUGCGACGGUUACACCAGUAGUAUCUACACCAUCUCUAUCUCCAGCACCACAGAGAAUGGAAACAAGCCUUGGUACUUGGAGGCCUGCAGCUCCAUCAUAGCCACAACCUACAGCAGUGGAGAGUUUAAUGAGAGGAAGAUUGUGACCACUGACCUCCGACAGCGCUGCACUGAUGGUCAUACUGGCACUUCUGUCUCUGCUCCCAUUGUGGCUGGAAUCAUAGCUCUUGCCCUGGAGGCCAACCUUCUGUUGACGUGGAGGGAUGUGCAAUAUCUUCUGGUGAAGACAUCUAGACCUGUCCACCUGAAAGCUGAUGACUGGAAGACCAAUGCUGCCGGACACAGAGUCAGCCACUUGUAUGGUUUUGGCCUGGUGGAUGCAGAGGCCAUGGUGCUGGAGGCUACUAAGUGGAGGACUGUUCCUCCUCAGCACACCUGCACUCAGAUAGCUGAGCGUCGCACUAGGUACAUCCCUGCUGGCCAAAGCCUGAACAGCAGCAUUACCACCUCUGGAUGUUCAGAGGAACCUGAGCAGUUUGUGGAUUACCUGGAGCAUGUGGUGGUAAAGGUUCUGAUUGUCCACCCACGACGAGGAGACCUGGAAAUCAACGUCAUAUCUCCAUCAGGGACAAAAUCACAGCUACUGGCCAAGAGGUUGUUUGACAAUUCCAAUGAGGGCUUCAGGGACUGGGAGUUCAUGACAGUUCAUUUUUGGGGUGAAAGAGCACAGGGUACAUGGACUCUGGAGAUUAUUGACUCACCAUCAAAGCCACGCAACCCUGAGGUUCUGGGCAACCUAAAGCAAUGGACACUGAUCCUAUAUGGCACAUCUCAGAACCCUUACCAGCCCUACAGAACUCAGCACUCUCGUUCAAGGAUGUUGGAGAUCCCAACCCCAGAAGAGCUUCUGGAGGAGCCAGAGCUCCAGGAGGAGGAGGAUGAGUACAAUGGACCAUGCCACAGUGAGUGUGGAGACCAGGGCUGUGAUGGACCAGAUGCUGACCAUUGCCUCAAUUGUGUCCACUUCAGCUCAGGCAGCUUGAGAAGUGGCAGAACCUGUGUGAGCCACUGCCCACUGGGACACUACGAAGACAUAGCAUCUCGUCGCUGUAGACGCUGCUAUAAAGGCUGUGAAAGAUGCGUUGGCCAGUCAGCCGGUGACUGUCUCUCCUGUCGAAGAGGUCUUUAUCUCAACAUACUCAACUCCAGCUGCAUCAAUACCUGCCCCCCAGGUUACUUUGCUGAUGAGACUCAGAGACAGUGUCUGAAGUGUCAUGACACCUGUUUGAGAUGCCUGAGGUAUGCAGAUAGAUGCAGUGCCUGCAGCGAAGGCUACAGUCUGGCGGGGAUGACCUGUGUUCCUGAAUGCACCAAUGGAACAUUUUUCCAUCUUGAAGAGAUGACGUGCAGCCCAUGUCAUUCCUCCUGCAGGACUUGUACAGGACCAGGUAAGGAAGAGUGUAUCCAGUGUGCUGAGGGCUACCUGCAGCAGGAGUGGAGGUGUGUGGAGACCUGUUCGCCUGGCUACUAUUCUGGAGAGGCAGCAGGAGUCCCUCAUAAGAUGUGUUACAGCUGUGAAGAAAACUGUCUGAGCUGCAGUGGUCCUGGAACAACCUGCACCAAAUGCAAAGAAGGUUAUAGUCUGGUCAGCAGGACUUGUAUUGUGAAUGCAUCAUGUAGUAAUGCUGAUGAGGUGUUCUGUGACAUGGUCAAGUCCAACCGUCUCUGCGAAAAGAAGCUUUACCGUCAGUUCUGCUGCCGUACCUGUCUGAUGAAUGGAUGAGGAACCAAUAACUUCCUUCCCCCUUACUGUCAAUCAGUGUUACAAAAAACUGUAACAACUGAAGUGUUAUCAUCCGAAUAUAUGUUACUUACAGUCAUUUAUAAAGAACUAAAAUUACCUUUACUUUGUGUUAUUCAACAAAAAAAAAAGGGCAUUAAACUAAUACGUCACUUGAGAAUGAAGCUCUUCAGUUGUUUUUCUGCAGGUUGCUGGAGGAUUUUUAAAGAUCUCUUUAAAAAUGGCACGUUUAUAAAUUACAGUAUAUGGAAUGUGUACAAAUACUCAAAUGUGCAUUGUACUGAGCAUGUGAAAAAUUGCAUUUUAAUGAAUGAUGUAGUGUUUAAAACCACCAUUCAUACUCAUCAUUAAACAAAAGCUGAUUUUAUUCAUCAGGAGAGACUCAGUUGAAGGAGACACUCAGAACAUAAUAACAUUGGUUUUAUUUACCAUAGUGUGCCUAAUAGAGGAAGCUGAAAAUAAUAUGAAAGGAGUCUGACAAUUAGAACCAUUGUGACAUCAUCAUUUACAGGGGUAGUCCUUCCACAAGCAAUACAGGAAUAUCCCUCAAUGGAGUCUAGACACUAGUGGUGGUGGAGAGGAGGUGAUGGUGAAUGGAUAUGAUGUGCAGCAGGAUUCUGAUGAGCUGAACUGGAGGACUCUGGAUCUAAUAAACACCAGGAGUCAACAGGGUGGAGCAGGACCUAAAGAGCAUCAGUUUUUAAAAGUCUGACAACAGGAAAGAUAAUUGACUUACAGGGAUUGUGGCCGAUUGGUUUAAGAGAGAAUACCACAUACACGCAGAGAAAGAGAGAAAGAGAGAAGCUGAGAGAGAGAGAGAGAGAGAGAGCAAGUGUGUGUGUGUGUGUGUGUGAGUGAGAGAGAGAGAACAGAGUAAGCAUGAAGAUAGUUAACAGCUAAAAGAGAGGACUCAUCAGGUGACACAACACCAUUCCAAAAGAAUGGGAAUGUGUUUCUGUGUCUACUGGGUGUGCAAACUGAAAAACUGCUCAAAAAUCUCUCAAGGAACACGACAAAGAGCCCAAGAUGUUGACCUUACCUCCAAGCUCCCCAGAUCCCAGUCUGAUCCAGCAUCUGUUGGAUGAACUGGAACAGGGCAGAUCCAUGGAGGUCCCAUCCUGCAACCCACAGGAUCCAAAGGAUCCCCUGUUAAUGUCCCAGUGCAACAUACCACAGGACAACCUCAGAGGUCCCAUGUCCAUGCCACGAUGGGUCAGAUCUGUUUAGGUGGCAUUUGGAGGACCUACGAAAUAUUAAGCAGUUCCCACAGAUGCUGGAUCAGAUUGGGAUGUGGGGAGUUUGGAGGCCAAGUCAACACUUUGGGCUCUUUGUCAUGUUCCUUCAGACAUUUCUGAGCAGUUUUUGUGGUGUGGUGGAAGCACUGACUUGCUGGGGGAGGCCCCUGUGUUGUGCUUAGUCUACAAUAAUGUUUAGGUGGGUAGUACAUGUCAAAGUAACAUCCAGAUGAAUGUCAGGACCCAAGGUUUCCCAGCAGAACAUUGCAUUGUAAAGAGAUGUUGUGGCUGAUCGGUAUACUUUCAUCCCACCAAUAGAAAGAAAGUUGGCACUGAAUGCACUGACAAACAACCUUGUUUAGGUAUGCACACUUACUAAAAAUUUAUUUUGAAUUUAUUUUGUUUUGGAUGAUGAAGAGUGAAAGCACAAAUCCUGGCUGGCUGUCAGUUGCACAUAUUACAGCCUUCAAAUACCCAUACGGUUUGAAGUAUUUUGUAUGGAAAAACAACAGCUGUAAACUGGUGAGUGACCCGAGGUUUAAGUUCUUCAGAUGAACCAGCAGGAAUGUGUUUUCUUCUACAUCCUCUUUGUAAAUAACUUGAAACAUGCUCGUCUAAAAGAGAGAUGUUUGUCUCUGUGUCUUGAUGUUGUUUCCAGUAAUGAUGGACAUGCUCUCAUUAUGAAACAGAUGAGUUUGUUCUGUUUAAUAUCAGACCCCCCUGUUGCUGUCAACUGCUCAGCUGAUGGAAGGACACCAGUUAAUCUCAUACUAAACACUUUUGUCUGGGGAAGUCCAUUCAAUAAGUAAACAUGGACAACUGAUGCCAUUAACAGAAGAUUAAAGAUGUACUUUGGCCUGUUAGUUUACUGCAGUUUGACAGAUGUUUGGUUCAACUGCUUGUACUUUUACUGUCUGAGCUGUAAACCUGUUCCAAAAUAUCCUGAAGUGUAUCUACUCCACAUGUCUACUAUUGGUUUCUGGUUUUUGCCAGAAACUGAGAUAUCCCUAAAAACAGACUGAACUGUUAAAGGGCUAAUUAACCAAGAGAGAAAUAUUGCUAUAACUUUUUAAGAGUUAACUUACAUUUCUGACAAUGUGUGGCCUCUUUUUGUUAAAGACAACAACUGUCUGAAAAUGUUCAUAAUGACACAAAUUCAAUAGAAUUGUGUUAAAUAUGAGAAUCAUACAAAGCUACAGUAACAUCAGGGAUGACAAAGAUGCUUUAGUACAGCAGACAUACCAACAGACCAAGGAUAACAACAUAUAAUAACAUUACACCUCCAAGUUUCCUGUAAGUCAUAUUUCGACUUUAUUUUGAGAAUUGUUGUAGUUAUGUAUUUGUUAUUUAUGCAGAGGAAAUUUUACAUUAAUCCAAUUACUCAUGCUGGUAUUGAAAUCUGCAUCAUUAGUCAAACCUUUCAAGAAACACUACUGCCCUCUGCAGGCAUGAGCCUAUUUAUAUCUCUGCACAUCACAUUGUAGCCACUCUGGAUCCUAGUUAGGUGUCUAUGAUACACAGACAGGUGGCAAUUACAAGAAAAAUCUGAAUAAAUGAGAAAAAUCUUUAUGUUGUUGUUUUAUUUCAUUUGUCACUUAUAUGUACAACAACACUAAGUCAAAUAACUUUACUGCAGUCUAUGACCAUUUGGAACUGGAAAAAAUAACCUCCCUGAAGUCAUUUUUGUAGCUCCUAAUAGAUAUACACUACAACACAAAUGAGCAGUGGCCUGCACUGCUGACUCUGGCUUAUUCAGCUUGACUUUGUUUAUUUAACAUUUGGUUGACUUUCCAGUCUUUGGUAUAAUCCUUGGUUUUGACCAAUAAACAAUAUGGUUGUA